AUUCACAAUAACUUCUCACCAUCGCUGUUGCAACAGCACAGCUGUAAUGAUGAUUGAUCGCACUCUAAUGGAUCCAAAAUGAGCUUCGGUUGAUCAUCGGGAAGAGGAUGUCCCAAGCUGAUGUCUCUUCCAGGUUGAUGAAGUUAACGUUUUCUCUUCUCCUGGGGUCGUUUUCAUUCAAAAACAAAACUGUCAAAAAUGUGGGGUUCAUAUCGGCUAUGGCUAUGGGGACUCUCACUUGUUCUCUGCAGUUUGACUCGCCCAACUUAUAAAAAGUUUGUUAGAAAGAUCUGAGCUCUACAGCCUUCAGAAGAAAGCUAAAGAGGUUGACAUGGAAAAUGCUUUAAGUGGUGGUCAUACUUCCAUCAUCCACCUGCCUGAUGAUUGCCUUUCUUUUAUUUUUUCACGGCUUGACUGUAACUAUGACCGUGAAUCAUUUGGUUUGACUUGCCAUCGGUGGCUUAAUAUUCAAAAUGUUGGCCGCCAAUCCUUACAAUUUCACUGUUCACUCAGCAUGGUGACUUCACGAUAUGAUACCAACUUUGAGGUUAGCUCCUACCAUCUUUAUAGGCUGCUCACCCGUUUUCAGCAUUUGCAGUAUUUAUCCUUGUCUGGCUGCACAGAGCUACCUGAUUCAGGUCUCACUCAUCUUCAAUACUAUGGUUCAAAGUUGCACACUCUUUAUUUGGAUUGUUGUCUUGCAAUCACAGAUGAUGGGCUUUCUGUAGGUGCCGCUUGCUGUCGCUCCUUAGAGGUUAUUAGUCUUUACCGGUGCAAUGUCACAGAUGCUGGCUUGAUGGUUUUGGCCAGCUCUUGCUUUGAAUUGAAACAUGUGAAUCUGUCUCACUGCACACGUAUUUCUGACCAUGGAUUGAGAGCUCUUUGCCAGGCAUGCCGUAAGCUUCUUGCAGUUAAGGUGUCUAUUUGUAGGGAUGUUACUGGCAUUGGCUUUAGGGGUUGCUCUCCAACUUUAACUUACAUUAAUGCUGAAGGUUGUAAGCUUGAGCCAGAGGGGAUAACGGAAAUGGUUAGUGGUGGAGGGCUUGAGUAUUUGGAUGUUGCCUUUGUAAGCUGGUGGAUUUGUGGCCAUGGAUUCGAAGCAAUUGGGUCUGGAUUUGCCUCGAGACUUAAAAUCCUUAACUUUCGAAUGUGUAGAACUGUUGGUGAUGAGUCUAUCAUUGCAAUCGCAAAGGGAUGCCCACUACUUCAAGAAUGGAACUUGGCUCUAUGUCAUGGUGUCAAGCUCUUGGGGUGGCAGUCAAUUGGAUUAAACUGCAAUAAUUUGAAAAAACUUCAUGUGAAUCGGUGUAAGAAUUUAUUUGACCGAGGAUUGCAGGCAUUAAGAGAUGGGUGCAAUUGCCUGGAAAUGUUGUACAUUGAUAGAAGUGGUUAUUUCUCUUCUACUGCGGUCGAGUUGUUUAAAUUGUACAGAGGUGAUGUUGAGAUAAAAAGAGAAGAAAUAUUGUGUAUAGGACCUGACUGGACUCUCUGAUGAUGAUGUAUGAAAUCAUGACUAGCCUUAUGGAGCACCCGGAACAUUGCAGAUCUGAACUUCAUGGCAUGUAGUUUGGCCAAGAUCUUCUUCGGCUAAUGAUACCUCGAUCCCGAAGCCUUCGGAGUAUCUUUUUGAUAGGCGCCUCUAUCUGUAUGGGGAAUUCGCUGCUGAUAGAUCCCGCCCAGUGUCCUCCUCCUUCCCCCGCCGCCUUCCGACCCGCGGGAGUAUACAAUGACAACUUCCGGACACUCAUGCCCGAUCGUGAGACUGCCUGUUGAACGUCCGAUGGCGCGUUGCUCCGACCUGAGCUAUGCAACAACGAGAUCCUCCUUGAUCCUUGCCGGAUGUGCUUGACGGUCCCCCAUAAUACGCUCACUUGGGGACUUCUUACUCCAGCUGUUCCAAGAGUCUCCGCUAGUUGAACCCCGUCCAGUAGACUCCCUGUUUCGCUCAUCUAUUACCUACAAAUAAUGUUAUUGUUGCAGGUGUUUUGUUGCAUAAAUAAAUCCGGUUGCUUGGACAAAUGAAGAUGGAUUAAUUGUUCUGUUCAGUAGAUUUUUUGAUGGCAUACUGUCCUGACGUAAUUGACCAUCAUAUGUCUCUGUUCUCUUUAUAAAGGUCAAGUCUUGGUUGUUAGUGGC